AUGCUAAAGCGUAAGGUCAGAUAUUUGCUGCUGAUUGUUGUAGUAUUUACUGGUAUUAUACUGUCAGUUGAAGCAAUCAUGAGAUUCCAGUUGAAUAAGAACGUAGAUUAUUACCUCAAGUUCUUCGAUAAACACAAAGAUAACAUUGAGAAUAUGUACGAUCCUUUAAACAUCAAACAGAUACCUUACUCUACCAUCGACCAAUUAUACACCAAGAGACAAAGCGAAGCUGAGCCUAUUGAUUGGGAUAAGUUCGCAUAUGUGAAUUACAUUACAGAUUUUGAAUAUCUCUGUAAUACCUUGAUACAAUUCAGAAAGUUAAAUGAUAGCGGCAGCAAAGCAAAACUACUAGCACUAGUAACGGAUACAUUGGUGAAUAAGUCGAAGGAAAAUAAGGAAGUAGAGGCACUACUAAACAAGAUUAAGUCUGUCUCUGAUAGAGUUGCUGUAACAGAGGUAGGAUCAGUAAUUCAACCAAACGACCACACCCCAUGGAGCAAAAGUCUUACCAAACUAGCCAUUUUCAACUUAACAGAUUAUGAGAGAAUUAUUUAUAUGGAUAAUGACGCAAUAAUACAUGAUAAAAUGGAUGAGCUCUUUUUCUUGCCGUCGUAUGUUAAGUUUGCUGCACCUAUUUCGUAUUGGUUCGUUACUGCGGAUGACUUACGUACAGUAUCUACAGACACCAAGAAGCUUUUCAAGACAAACAAAUUGGAUCCCAUCGAGAAAAAGUUAGCAAGCAGAGUGAAAAACUCUUUGGAGAUCUAUAAUCAUUUACCCAAUUUACCUCAACACUUCUACUCUAAAUCGAUGAACUUCAUCAUAGAUAUUGACGGAUUCCAAAAAUCGGAUAACAAAGUAAAUUUUGCGACGCAUCUAAUGGUCAUUAAACCAGAUGUAACGAUGGCAAAUGAUAUCAGAGAUAAUAUUUUACCCAGGUAUUUGAAAGCUAAGGAAGAGUAUGAUACUGACUUAAUAAACGAGGAAUUGUACAAUUUCAAAGAAUUGAUAUACUACCAAUUCAAGAUCUUCAGAAAGAUUCAAUAUUUAUUUAAACCAAGUGUGUUGAUCCUACCAUACACAAAAUAUGGGCUAUUAACGAAAUCGAUUGACGAUAAAAGGCAGAAGGAUCUCCUAAAAAAUGCAAUUUUAGGAUAUGAAAGAAAGGAGAAAGAUGAUCUCAUCCAAGAUGCAAAAUUCAUUCAUUUCAGCGAUUACCCAUUGAGCAAACCAUGGUUUUACUCAAAUGCAGAUGACAUCCAGUGUUCCAAGAAAUACAGCAUAAGUGAUGAAAAUUGCCAACUUUGGAAAUCCCUAUACAAAGAAUACUUGGAGUCGAGAGCCAUAUGCCAAGUCAAUUAG